AUAACAGAUGGCAACCACAUUCUGCAAUCUUAACACUGGGUCUGGUCUGACAAAACUAAAUGAGUACCACCUGAAGCAGAUAGUCUCCAAAAGGUCUUAUGGAGGCUAUGGAAGAUUAUCCUGUUUCUCCUGUAAUGCUCAAAGAGUUUUCCAUAGGGUUUGUAGAAGAGAAUUAGAGGCCAGACAGUGGCAAUAUUAUGGACAGGCUUUUGUCAACAAUAAGGCGGACUAUUCUAACACUAUCCGUGAAGAGAAUAAAGAAGAGGAUAUUUCUAAAGCAACCUUGAUAUGGAGGGCAAUAAAGUUACCAAUAUACUCCGUUGCAUUGGUUCCUCUCACUGUAGGUAGUGCAGCUGCUUAUUUGCAGACAGGCAUGUUUUCAGCUUGGCAUUAUUCUGUUCUUUUGGUUUCCUCGGUUCUUAUCAUCACAUGGCUCAACCUAAGCAACGAUGUUUACGAUUUCGAUACAGGAGCUGAUAAAGAUAAGAAAGAAUCAGUUGUAAAUCUGGUGGGCAGGUAAAUUUUAUUU